GCAACUCUCGCGAUGCGUUUUUUGCCUAGCUAUUGACAACAGUCAAGUUACUGCAAGUGGAAUCCCUAAAGUGGCCAGGCCUUGAGAUUGGAGUGAGACCCCAGUCCUAGGCUGGGGUUCUUUCCUACAGGGGAGACGGAUUCAGAGGGGCUACAGACCAAGAUUGUUGAAAACCAGACAUAUGAUGAGCGUCUAGAGAUUAACGACUCUGAAGAGGUUGCAAGUAAUUAUACUCCAACCCCAAGACACCCAGGUGAUUGCCCUUCAAACCCAGUCUUCUAACUGCCUUUCUUGUGCUGCCCAUCUUCCUAACAAGACCAUGGCUGAUAACAGCAGUGAUGAGUUUGAAGAGGAAAAUAACAAGGAGAAGAAGAAGACCUCACAGUUGACACCUCAGCGGGGCUUUAGUGAAAAUGAUGAUGAUGAUGACGACUCAUCUGAAACCGAUUCUGAUGAAGAUGAUGAUGAUGAAGAGCAUGGAGCCCCCCGGGAAGGGGCUUAUGAUCCUGCAGAUUAUGAGCAUUUGCCAGUUUCUGCUGAGAUUAAGGAACUUUUCCAGUAUAUCAGUAGGUACACACCUCAGUUGAUUGAUCUGGACCACAAACUGAAACCUUUCAUUCCUGAUUUUAUCCCAGCUGUUGGGGAUAUUGAUGCAUUCUUAAAGGUCCCACGCCCUGAUGGAAAGCCUGACAACCUUGGUCUCUUGGUAUUGGAUGAGCCUUCUACAAAGCAGUCAGACCCUACAGUGCUCUCACUCUGGUUAACAGAGAAUUCCAAGCAGCACAACAUCACACAACAUGUGAAAGUAAAGAGCCUGGAAGAUGCAGAAAAGAAUCCCAAAGCCAUUGACACAUGGAUUGAGAGCAUCUCUGAGUUACAUCGUUCUAAGCCCCCUGCGACUGUGCACUAUACAAGGCCCAUGCCUGAUAUUGACACGCUAAUGCAAGAAUGGUCCCCAGAUUUUGAAGAGCUUUUGGGCAAGGUGAGCCUGCCCACUGCAGAGAUUGAUUGCAGCCUGGCAGAGUAUAUUGACAUGAUCUGUGCCAUCCUAGACAUCCCUAUCUACAAGAGUCGGAUUCAGUCCCUCCACCUGCUCUUUUCCCUGUACUCUGAAUUCAAGAAUUCACAGCAUUUUAAAGCUCUAGCUGAGGGCAAGAAAGCAUUCACCCCUCCAUCCAACUCUGCCUCCCAAGUUGGAGAUGCAGAGACAUUAACCUUUAGCUGAGAUCCAAGUCGCUCUGUUUCAAGGCUGAGCUGGAUCUUUUAUCCCAGCUGAGAAGAAGAGGUUAUCAGCCCGCCUGACAUCGUUGCCUAAGUCACAGCUUGACACAGGGACAAUGCACUUCCUGCUACUCUCUGCCUGAGAGCCCUGCAAAAGUUUCUUAAAUAACUUCUGCCUGCCUCAGAUUUCUUUCCCAUGGGAGCUAUGCAUCUACACCACUGUGGGCAUUCGAGUUACAAAAAUUGGAAUUUCUGGGGUCCCAAGGAGCUCAGGUUGGGAGGACAGCUUACAAGAAGUUUUUUCUGGGAUGAGGAUGGAAUUAUUUUCUUUCAUUCUUAAAGUUAGUUGGUAAAGAUUUUAUAAAUAAAAUGCUCUGUUUUUUCAGGUUA